GAUCAUUAAAAGGCUCAUCUUUUUUGUUUAUUUUUUGGCUGUUCGAGUAAAAAAAAAUUUGUCAUUUAUGACAAUUAAAAGAACAAAAUGAGCUCCAAAGAUCGUAUUAAUAUUUUUCCAUCACGAAUGGCCCUAACAACGAUGAAAGGUCGUUUGAAAGGAGCACAAAAAGGUCAUUCUUUACUGAAGAAAAAAGCCGAUGCAUUACAAAUUCGAUUCCGAAGUAUAUUGAAAAAAAUCAUCGAAGCAAAAAAUCUGAUGGGAAAUGUAAUGCGUGAAGCAUCUUUCAGCUUGGCCGAAGCUAAAUUCACUGUCGGUAGUGAUUUUAAUCACAUCAUCCUGCAGAAUGUAACGAACGCACAGUUCAAAGUUCGAUGUAAAAAAGAUAAUGUUGCCGGAGUGAAUCUACCAAUUUUUGAAACUUUUCAAAAUAGUAGCGAUGCAAAUGAAUUUGCUGGCUUGGCUCGUGGUGGACAACAAUUGACGAAAAUCAAGAAAAACUAUGCCAACGCGAUUAAACUAUUGGUUGAAUUGGCGUCAUUACAAACUAGUUUCAUUACAUUGGACGAAGUAAUCAAGAUAACAAAUCGACGUGUGAAUGCAUUGGAAUAUGUUGUCAUCCCUCGUUUCGAUCGAACGAUCAAUUAUAUUAUUUCGGAAUUGGACGAAAUGGAACGAGAAGAAUUUUAUCGUCUAAAAAAGAUACAGGAAAAAAAGAAAAAAAUUCGAGCAGCUCAUGAAGCUGAAAUUCGUUUAUUGAAAGAUAAAAUGGGUGAUCAAUUUAAGGAACCCGCCAAUAUUCUCGAAGAUGAACAUGACGAAGAUUUGCUUUUCUGAUAAUUUGCAUAAUUUCCAGGUUAUUAUUGUUUGUUUAUUCUAAAUACUGAGUAUUGUAUUAUUGUAUUUAUUAUCCAAAUAUGUUCUUGGUUUUUUAAUCUUCCACUAUUGAUUGCUUUAGUUGGUCAGUAUUACUUUUUUCUUAGUUGUCGAGCUAAAAAUAAAAUUUUUGCAUUGUUUGUGUGUUUAUAA